UGUAUCACGUGACAUCUUGGCGGUUUCAAAUGUGGUUGAUGCUGGCAAAAUAAUAUUAGAAAAGAUGUCUCACUUAAACAUGACAUAUCCCAAGAAGAAGAGAAAGAGAUCUGUUCCUGGCAAUCUUCCUGAGUUGCCACAGAAUACUUGUGUUUUUUGUCGAUCAAGUGAGGACUGUGAAGAGGAUUAUGGGAAGGUCAUUAAAAAAUGUGGUUUCACAGUCCACUAUUUCUGCAUGCUGUUUGCCAGUGGUCUCAGCCAGAGCGGCAAGACAGAAACACAAGGAAUCUUUGGCUUCAUGCCUGGAGACAUCAGACGGGAGCUCAAGAGAGGCAAUAGACUGCGCUGUACCUACUGCAAAGAGAGGGGGGCAACUAUCGGCUGCGUGGUCACGUCAUGUCGCAAGGCUUUCCACCUCACAUGUGGCCGGAAGAAGGGAUCACUGCAUCAGUUCUAUGACUCAUUCAGGUCCUACUGUCCUGAUCACCGGCCACGUCAGACUGUACAGAUCAGUGACCGCCUGGCGUUUGUAGGGACAGCUAACACUGUGUGCAGUAUCUGUAUGUAUGCCGUGGUAGCCCGCUCCUCACACGAGACCAUGAGGGCACCAUGCUGCAAGAACUCCUGGUUCCAUCGCUCAUGCAUACAGAGAUAUGCAAUGUCUGCGGGCCUGUAUUUCUUCAAAUGUCCUCUGUGCAACAGCAAAGAUUUGUUCCAGUCUGAGAUGCUGCACUGUGGAAUAUACAUCCCUGACCAAGAUGCUUCAUGGGAGCGAGAGCCAAAUGCCUACCAGGAUCUGUACGAGAGAUAUUCUCACUGUGAUGCCGCCAAUUGCAAGUGUCUGCAAGGCCGAGAUUAUGACCAAGACGGCACGAAGUGGGAGAUCAUAGUGUGUGAGUACUGUGGCUCGAAGGGCAGCCAUGCUGCUUGUCAGGGCCUGGUACUUAUACGCAAGGACUACGCCUGUGAAGAGUGUGCAGAGAUUGAGAAGAAAAGAGGUAAAAAAUGUGGAAAGAAGAGCCCACCUCGUGUACGGAACAGAACACAAGCUGAACUUCAACACCUUCUAGAAGCGAGGGUCGCAGAACUUGUCACACAAAAAUCCAACCAAGAUACAACCGAUUCUAGACAAACAACUCCUAAAUCUAAAGGCAGCCCAGCCACGCUGGGUCCUCUAAGGUCAGUGCGUCGAUCGAGGGGAGAUGGAAGUGGAGAUGUUGUAGUCAUGCAGCAUGAAGGGACAGAUGCCGAGGUUGAUGUGGAAGGUACUGGGAGUGACGACGAGGCCUCCCCUUCCGAAACUCCUGCCAUGAAGAAAAGGCGAUUGAGUUUGCAACGAUCAUCCCGAUCCCAAACUAAGAAAAUGGGAAGCACAGUGAGCAGUGGUUCACAUUCAUCAAGUAUUCGUACUGCAAGGUCAAAAAAGUACUCCAAUUAUGUAACUCUGUCGACAGUGACAGACAAGGAUGUGAGGAAGUGGGGUACAAGACAAACAGAAUCAACUAACUCUGCAUCCAUACUCAAUUUUAUGGAUGAUAGUGACGACAUGUCGCAGACAUCUGACACUGACAGUGAAAUGUGUGCAGUGGAUGAGGUGCUCGAGGAUUCCACAAAGAAGACAGUGACCAUCAAAUGGAAAGGGAAGAAGAUCAAAAUCUAUAAAGAAGUGGAGAAGGAUGAUAGUGAGGAUAUUUCCAAAUGGAGUCUUCAUCUCGAGGUUGGGGACUCCGAUGAUCUUCAGCCUUCCACCUCCGGGACACCACCUCCAGACCGGGAGAAGGUCCAGGAGGAGUCACCACCUCAACUUGUUCCAAUAGAUGACGAAAUAACAAUCAGAUGCACGCCCCCAACUAGACCAUACAUGCUGAAUAUGAGACAGCAGAUGGACAAAAUCAAGGGACAAGAUGUGAAACUGGAGGAAGCUCCACCUGUUUUGUUUCCAGUUUGGGAAGAGGAUUCUCAGAGAGGCGACAGUCGAAUUACACGCAGCAUGUCUGUCGAAAGCAAAAAUAGUCACUGCCAAGAUUUUCUUGACUCUAAAGAGAUCAUGUCCCAUGAUACAAUCACACCUAGACAUUCAAGAAGGUCACUAGAAUGUGCUUUCACUUCUCAAGAUAAUCGAUCUGAGUCACCUUGUUUGGUGGGAAGAAAAAAACAUGAUUUUGAUGCUGAGAGUAUUUCAUCAACAGCCAACUCAGUUAUCUGCUUGUCCUCCAAUGUGAGUGAAACUGGUGAGAAUGAAAGUGACUGCCUCAUAGUGGAACCUGUGUAUGUGACCGAGAACCAACGAAAUGUUUCAGACGGUAAGGUGUCCUACUCGGCACAGAUUGCCGUGGGGAGUCCAUUCAAGGAUAAAGAAUACCCCGAGACUGUACCCUACCGCCAGAUUACAUCCGGGCAUGGCAAUGUAGGUGUGGUGAUAGACUUGACCGACAGUCCGUCUGAGACUUGGCUCGGCUUUUCUGAUACUGAUACCUCAUCCAGACCAAACAGGUCGUCAUAUUCAUAGUCAGGAGCUGUUAGUAACAUUCAUAAGUUCAACUGUUUGAUGAUCAUGAUCAUUACAAUCAUAUGCAUACCAAUAACAUGCUUCAAGGACAGCCAAGUCUUUGUUUGGCUCUUGGACAGCAAGAAUUUCUGCUUACUUUCCAGGGCUACAACAGAGGCCCUGACUCAAAUUUGCAGGAAACAAUUAUAACGAAGUAAGAUCUUUUGGUUCUCAUACACAAGUCAUUUAGAUUAUUUCUAAUUUGCAGUAAGACCAACAAGGAAAUCCUGAACCUCGGGUACCCCGGUUGUUGUGGAUUAAAAGUCAAGAAUUUGUAAUCUGAGAGCCACUCUAUAUAUUUUUUAAAUGGUAAUGUGGUUAUAACGCAUAAGUAUGAAAAUAUACUUACUUGCCAGCAAGUCAGUUAUAUUAUCAAUGUAACCAUGGAAACUAUGUUGACCUGUAGCAGACAGACCGCUUUGAUUUUUUUUAACCCGAUGGUACUGGUGGUUACAUGUAUUUUCAAGUUGCAAUAAGCAGAUUGUCCACAAAAAUGGCUAGUGUGACAUUUGCAAUUUACUCUUGAUUCCAAUGACCCAAGAUAUACAUAACUUUCUAACUUGCAUUGAGAGAUUGACUACAUACACAAAGUCAAUCAUUGUUUGCAUUUUGAUACAAAGGCAAAAUAUAUUGUUCGUGCAUCUUUAAACAGGGGUGUUCGGGAGAAGUGGGGGAGCCUCACCAGGUGCUAAUACUAUACACUGAUGACAGCUAGAGAUUAAAUGGUAAUUACAAGCUCUGUGCUUGCUUGUGAAUUCGGCUGAUUUGUAAAGACCAUGAAACUGGUAAUCUAGACUUGCCACAUAUUCCAGACUGGCAUGGUCUGUAUUGAGUAUGUUUUUGUCAGGGUUAGUAUGAAUCUCCUUAAAGUCACACGUGAGGACUACAAAAUACUGCUUCUGUAUUGAUAAAGAAAGAUUUAAAUAGUUUUACUUGAUUGCUUUGUGUGAAUUUAAUAAUAAAACAUUUAUCUGAAUUUAUAUAUAUAUAUAUCCCUUGGACAAAAUUUCUUUUAACAAGUAAUCCCAGUGCAGGGUGAAACUGGUGUAUUAUGUGCAGAUAUACCCAUGAUAGGUUUAUAGAGGUUUGACCACUCAUUCUUGGAGCAGAGUUUAACUGAUUAAAAGUACAUUUAUUAGAACAGUAUUGAAAUGCUCAAUUGCCCUACAAUAGCUGAUUAUUUUCCCAUUGUCUCCUGAUUUGUUAAGAUGACGUUCCAAGAAAGAAAUACAGAUAUUCACAAUAUUUGUUUUCAGUGUCUUUUACAUUACAAUGCUGCUUAUGUUUCUCACAUAACUCAGUGUUCAGUCCGUGUGACAUGACUGUUGGCUUUGAACCUCUAUUCAGCCACUGUAUAGUUUACUUUCAUCCAUGUAGUUCUGUGUACAGUCACUAUAUUUAUUAUUCAGAAAUGGCUUGAGUAUUUGUAGCCCUCAUGGAAGUAAUAUAGAAUGUUUCUUAAGCUGAUGUGUACUAAAUUCUCUGUAUUCUGUAUUCAAUGUUCUUAUGCAUAUCAUACCAACAUCUGUACAAUGACAUCUGUUAACCAAGUCAGCAAGCCUGACCACCCGAUCCUUUUAGUCGCCUCUUACGACAAGCAUGGGUUACUGAAGAUCAAUUCUGGCCCGGAUCUUCACUGGUCUCACAGAUAACAAGUGUAGAAGGGGAAUAGAUUUGCCUAGUAAUUAUUAUAAAAAAUGCUUAAAUUUCAAUGACAUUUACACUAAGUUUGUUCACAACUACUCGAUCUCUGAACAUAAUUGGGCUCCUUUGGAGUUUUCAUAUACAUCCUCCAUUGUCAAUUUUCUAGAUGCCGUUCGUGCUUAUCGUGAAACUGGUAGUGUUAAUAUCUGGAAAUUUGUGUGAGCUGCAGAGUGUUUUUGUUGUAUUUUUAUUAUAGCUGAGGAACAAACCAUCCUUUUCGAAUGGAAAUAUAGGCUUAUUGGCCCACAAGAUAUACAUAAUAUAAGAUUUGAGCAAAACUUUCAGAAAUUGUUAUGCAAGGUUAUGAGACAUGUUCAUAUGAAUGAGAGCUGCUGCGACCACUACAUGCAUUGGUAAAAUGUACAAUUUUCUAUUUAAGGUGUUUUCAUAAAGUGUUUUUUCAAAUGUUCGAACGAGUCUUUGACCUGAGUUGAUGUUUAUAGAUGUACAUGAAAACACUCAACUUGUACAAGAAUCUUGGGUCACAGACUUGCAUCCUUUGAUUAUCAUUUGAAUGUCUAAAAAUAAUCCCUACCUUUUCUACUCAUUGUAACCGUAUUUCUGUAUUUCACCAUGUCCACUUGGAAAAAAUUACAUUCAUGAGAAAGAAUAAAAGCUACUGUCAGCUAUUUGAACAAAUGCGGUAUGAUUAUAUACCCGAAGACCCAGGUUCAAUUCCCCACAUGGGCACAAUAUGUGAAGCCCGUUUCUUCUUAAAGUGGCAUAAAACUGAACUCACUCAUUCACUUCCGUUCAGAGCAAGUUAAGUAUCGUGAAUAUUAUAGGUUUUUACCAGGAAUAUAUGGUUCAUUUGAUUUAUUCUUGGAAUAAAACUGAAUGUUUCA